AUGCAUGACGGAAACUAUAUUGUCAUAAGAAACCUUAAAAUGACUUUAAAGGAAAUGCUUGGAGAAUGGGAUUAUGAAGUGGUUUUUCCUCAAAAACUUCAUGUCCUACAGAAAAGACAUGCAACGGAAGAUCAGGAUCCAGGCAAACAGGAAAAAUAUGAAGCAGAAUUGCAGUAUCAAAUUAUGCUACACGGAGAAGAAGUGGUGCUUCAUCUGGAAAAAACAAAGGAUCUUCUGGCCCCAGACUACACUGAAACGCAUUACUCGAUCAGAGGAGAGGAGGUCACCACCAGCCCUCAGGUCUCGGAUCACUGCUAUUACCAAGGACACAUCCUAAAUGAGCAGGUUUCCAUGGCUAGUGUCAGUACAUGUGAAGGUUUGAGGGGAUACUUCAAGCGACGGGAUCAAAGGUACCUCAUCGAACCUCUAAAGUUCACAGAUCAGAAAGAACAUGCUGUCCUCAAGUAUGGACACAAGACCCACAGUGCAGUUAAUGGCACCUGUGGAGUGCACCACCUAUCCAAGAGACAGGCUGGUGUCCAAACCUCCAAGUCAGACCUCAAGCCAGAAUUACAGACAUAUCUUCAACAGAAAAAACAUAUUGAAUUGUUCAUUGUUGCAGAUAAUGCAAUGUACCACCGGUCUAAACGUAAGCAAAGGUCACUAAGGAAUAGGAUCUUUGGAAUGGUGAAUUUUGUCAAUAUGAUAUAUAAAACCCUGGACAUUCAAGUGGUUUUAGUUGGUCUCGAAAUCUGGACAAACGGUGAUGAAGUGGAAGUGAACUCAGAACUGGGGACCACCUUACUUCAUUUUGGAAGCUGGCAAGAAACCGUAUUGAAAAAGAGGAAGAACUUUGACCAUGCUCAGCUACUCAGUGGGAAGUGGCUCUCCCAGAAAGUCCAGGGAAUCGCUUAUCCAUGGGGUAUGUGCACACCAUACCAUUCCACCAGUGUUGCUAAGGACCACUCAUAUGAUGCAAACAUGGUUGCGGACACAAUUGCCCAUGAGUUGGCACACAGUAUUGGGAUGCAGCAUGAUACAUACUCAUGCCCUUGUCCCUACGGAAGGUGUGUGAUGGAUGGUGGCAUAAGUAUCCCUUCACAAGGAUUCAGUAAAUGCAACCACAACCAGUUUCACCAAUACCUUCUGGAUUUUAAACCAAAGUGUAUUCUCAAUGCUCCAUUAUCUAGAGAUAUUGUAACACACCCACGGUGUGGGAACCGAGUAUUGGAAGAGGGAGAAGAGUGUGAUUGCGGAAGCCCUCAGGACUGUACCAAUGUCUGCUGUGAGGCUAAGACAUGCACUCGAAAGCCUGGAUUCACAUGUGGAGAAGGGGAAUGCUGUGAAGGCUGCCACCUUAAAAAGGCAGGGACCUUGUGCAGGCCAGCCAAAGACGAGUGUGAUAUUCCAGAGAUGUGUGAUGGCCUCUCCUUUCGAUGUCCUCAAGACCGAUUCCAAGUGAACGGCUUCCCAUGCAAAACCAUGGAAGGCUAUUGCUUCAAUGGGAAGUGUCCCACCCGGGAUGGCCAGUGCCUUGAAAUAUUCAAGGGGGAGUCUGAGGGGGGUCAUGAUAUCUGCUAUAGAAGAAAUUCAGGAGGGGAUAAAUUUGGAUACUGCAAAAAGGUGAACAACAGAUUCAUUCCCUGUGCAGAAAAAGAUCUCAAGUGUGGAAAGAUAUACUGCAGUGGAGGAAUAUAUCUCCCUUCAUAUGGAGAAGACAGGAUUUAUUACAUCAAGAUUAAAGAAGAGAAUAUUAUAGUUGAAUGCAAAGCUUUUUUCUUGUUAGGACACAGCGAAGAUAUUGGCUUGGUUGCUCCAGGAACAAAAUGUGGAGAUGGAAAGGUAUGCAGCAAUGGGGAAUGUGUGGAUAUUGAGAGAGCCUACAAAUUGACAAAUUGUUCCAGCCAUUGCAAAGGACAUGCGGUGUGUGACCAUGAACUUCAGUGUCAGUGUGAAGAAGGAUGGGCUCCUCCCAAUUGUGAAGACCACAUGGUUACUGCCAGUUUCUCCAUUGUGGCUGGGGUGCUCGUGACAGCUGCAGUCCUAAGUGUGGUCAUCGCACUACUAGUCUGGCAUAAAAUCACAGCUAAGCAGAAGCAAGUUCAAAGGUAA